AUGGAGCCACACGAGACAGACCUAGUCAGCUUUGCUUUUAGUGGUCCUAUGUUUGACCCAUCUAAACCCAUCUAUAUCGACGCCCAAAAUACCUUGCGUGCUUUCAAUGCCAUACAGUUCCGACGGCUGGUGCGAUCACUCAUUGCUGGUCUCAAAGCCCGGGGUGUGGAACGAGGCGAUUGUGUUCUCGUUAUACACUCUGCUCUUUUCUUCGCCAUCGUCGGUGCCGGCGGAGUUUAUAUGGGCUGCGAUGUGGCCAGUCCCUCACAUGAAUUGACUCAUCUGCUUCGUCUCGCCGAGCCUCGGUUGGUUAUCACUGCUCCAGGUGCCUUGUCCAGGGUCUUGGAGGUAUGCAACCUACAGGAAAUCUGCUCGAGUCAAGUUCUUCUGGUGGAUAAGCACUCCAUCGAAAAAAUAGUCCAAUUUGCACACGGCGGGGCGGAGCAGACGGAUGAUCCCAAUACCCAGACAGCGGACCAAUAUAUCCGCCUGGAGAAUCUGCUCCAGUAUGGGGGGUUAGACUGGCUUCGUUUCGAAGAUAGUGAACAGAGCAAGAGCACGCCGGCUGCCAUGUUCCUAACUAGUGGCACCAGCGGGCUCCCCAAAGCCGCGAUUCGAACCCACCACACGAUCAUUUCCCACCAUCUGAGCGUCCACUACGAAGUGCCGCACCCCGUCGUCCGUCUGAUGGCACUGCCACUAUAUCAUUCCUUUGGCGACUUCUGGGGCAACAUCUUCCCCAUCCGGUACGGCGAGCCUCUGUACGUUCUUCCGCACUUCGAAAUCUCCGCUUUCCUCGACGCCAUCCGCGAGCACCGCAUCUCGGAGACAUACAUGGUUCCUGCCAUGGUCCAUAUUCUCAACAAGUCCUCCUUGAAUGUAGCUGAGAGCUUGUCUUCCCUGCGCUAUAUCGGUAUUUCCGGUGCCCCCAUCGACGGACACUCUAUGCAGCAAUUCCAGCGCCUGCUGUCACCGGAUGCUGUAGCUGGAAAUCUAUGGGGUAUGUCCGAGGUGGGAGUGGUAUUCCAGAAUCGCUACGGGGCAACACCACAAUUCGGCAGUGUGGGGACUCUACUGCCCGGAUACGAGCUGCGCUUUGUCAAUCCCGAAACGGGCGAAGAUGUCGCCGGGAAAUUAGACUCUCCUGGAGAGUUAUACUCCGUUGCCCCCGCAGAGAUUGAAGGCAUCCUACUGAAGGACCCGGGUGUCAAGGACGCAGCUGUGAUCGGGGUCAUGCUCCCAGAUGGCAGCAGCGAGGUCCCCCGAGCCUAUGUUGUCCGCAGUGAUAUAUCCCCCGAGACUACGGCGGAUCAACUGGCAGGCCUGAUUCAAGACCAGCUGGCCAGCUAUAAAGCCCUAGAUGGAGGUGUAAUCUUUGUAGACGAGAUUCCACGGAUAGGUAUUGGUAAGCCCCAUCGAGCGAAGCUCUCACAGCUGGAUCGUCAACGGGAGAAGAUUGCCUCCAUUCUUGCUCUGCCUGUUGCUGUGCAGUGA